UUUGUCCCGCGGCGACGGCGCCAUGGCCCCGCUGCGCUUCUCCGCUAAUGUGUCGUGGCUAUUCCCGGAGCUCCCCAGCCUCCCCGCGCGGCUCCAGGCUGCGGGCGGCGUGGGCUUCGAGGCCGCCGAGGUGGCCUGGCCGUAUGCGGAGCCACCCGAGGCGCUGGCGUGUGCGGCGACCGAGGCACGACUGAGGAUGGUGCUCAUCAACACGCCCCCGGGAGAUCUACAGAAGGGGGAGAUGGGGCUGGGGGCCGUCCCCGGGAGACAGGCGGCCUUCCGAGCGGGACUGGAGCAGGCAGUGCUGUACGCUAAGGCUCUGGGCUGUCCCAGGAUUCACCUGAUGGCAGGCAGAGUGCCUCAGGGUAUGGACCGCACAGCAGUCAGGGGUGAAAUGGAGAUGGUUUUUCUGGAGAACCUGAGGCAUGCAGCUGGGGUUUUGGCUCAGGAGAACCUCGUGGGACUGCUGGAGCCCAUUAACACACGCAUCACCGAUCCUCAGUAUUUCUUGGAUACACCUCAGCAGGCGGCUGCCAUUUUACAGAAGGUUGGAAGACCCAAUCUCCAGUUACAAAUGGACCUAUUUCACUGGCAGAUUAUGGAUGGAAAUCUAACAGGAAACAUCCGGGAUUUCCUUCCCAUCGUAGGGCAUGUGCAGGUGGCCCAGGUCCCAGGCCGGGGCGAACCUGGAAGCCCUGGAGAGCUGAACUUCCCCUAUCUAUUUCAAUUGCUGGAAGAUGAAGGUUACAAAGGCUUUAUAGGCUGCGAGUAUCAGCCUCAAGGAAACACAGUAGAGGGCUUGAGCUGGCUACGUUCAUACUGGGAUAAGAGGGGCCAUCCAAAGGCUGCCCAGUGAGGUCCUACAGCCACCCCAAUUGCAGCCCUGGACAGUGAAUUGAGCAUCCUGAGUCUCCUCUUAAUUAAAGGCAAUUGCUGAACA